UGAUCCAUUUAUCCUGUAUGGUCCGUUUGACAAAUGUUCUUAUUUGUCCGCGCUUUCUCUGUGGUGCUAUCCUGCUCCUUCAAUCUAGCCGCACUUGUCAAUAUAGAAGCUGCAUAUAUAUUGUAUGUAUGUGCAUAGAUAUGUGUGUGUUAUGUGUCUUCUACUCCAGAAAGUGUAAGUGCGUUGUUCCAAGCUCGCGUUUUUGUCCGCGCGCGCGUAUCCUUUAGCCGGAGAUGUCAAGCGUGGAAGAAAAAUAUAUUUCCAAGCAAAAUUGACUGGCAGUUUUCCUCGGACAGAAAUGUAGACGAUGCCCGGUUGAUAGUAGGACUGUGUCGUGUAUUGUGUCCCACCCGGUUAUUUAUGAGACUCCAUCACGUUGUGGCACUUGUGCAGCGCGACAGGGGAAAGGCACUAUUCUCGCGUUUUGAAAAAUGUUAUGGCAAUUAAUAAUGCCCUCUUUUCCGGUUGACAUUAUGUGACUUCCGUGAGGCCACGAAUUCUGACCGCUUUCACAUGAUCCUUUGGGCGAAAAUGCUUCUGCCAAACCCCGAACGUUGUGAUCACGGGGCAUGAAUCGCAUUCGUAAAAGCCACUUCGUGCCGCCGCGUAAUUAAUUACUAUUUGGGACAUCCAGACCUGGACUUCCAUGCAGUAUGUGCACCGGUGUUCUGUCGCAUAAUGCUCCAAGAACUACACUAAUCGGUUUGUGUUUGCAUUCGGUCACCACUGUGUGUGCGUUUAUGAAGGAAGAUGAUGAGCGUACAUAAAAUGUUGGUGCAUCGUCAGAGACUGUUUUAUCUGUUUAACUUAAAGAAUCAAUUCAUGUCAUCUCGUUCUGCGCAUUUCUGCACAAGGGGACACUCAUGACCAAGUGCUGGCAGAAUCUGGGAGUCUAUGCCUAUGGAGCACCAAUUAAGUUUCAUCCCUUACUGCACCGGAUAUAAUUGUAUAACUACAGCAGCAUGAGAGCGGCCCGGCAAACGCGGGGAUCUACUUUGUUAUUAUGGAACACCCUGUCAAAUCCAAGAAAAUGUACUGCCAGCGCAUUACUCUUUGUGUCCAUUCUACUGCAUCACACUCGACUGGUUUUUGCCGAGCUCAUUGCCGAUAUGCCGGGACAAAUCAUCUUAGGAGGAAUUUUUCCUUUACAUGAAAAAAUCGACUAUUCAUGUGGUCCAAUUCGCUUUGAUCGCGGUAUCCAGAGAGCGGAGGCCAUGUUAUUUGCUCUGGAUAAAGUUAACAACGACUCCACGAUACUACCGGGAAUCACGCUAGGAGCCAAGUUAGUCGACAGUUGUUCCCUGGAAGCCUAUGCCUUGAAUCAAUCCUUGACCUUUAUCCGGGGUUCAUUGAAUUCUCAAGAUACCUCCGAUUUUAUUUGUAUGGAUGGUACGAAUCCCCGACCAAAGUCCAAUCCGGUGCCUUUAGUGGGUGUGGUGGGAGAGAGCUACAGUUCCGUAACAAUUCAAGUGGCCAAUUUAUUGCGGCUGUUUGCUAUGCCGCAAAUAUCUCCGGCUGCCACCAGUGAUACUCUCAGCGAUAAACAGCGCUAUGAAUAUUUUGCCCGAACAGUGCCUCCCGACAAAUAUCAGGCCAAAGCGUUAGUGGAUAUAAUUACCAUGUUUAACUGGACAUACGUCAGCUAUGUGGCAUCGGAAGACGAAUACGGUCAAAAAGGCAUCGAAAUGUUUAUGAAGGAAGCGCGCGCCCGCAACAUCUGCAUCGCCGCCGCCGAGAAGAUCCCGUUCAGUCCGAACAUGGAGUUGUUCGAUGAGAUCAUCAAGAAUCUGCGGGCCAAGAAGAAAGCCCGCGUCGUGGUGGUGUUCGUUAAACAGGAGCACGCGCAGGGCUUAAUGCUGGCGGCCAAGCGGGCUAAUUUACACAACGACGGCUUCAUCUGGUUGGGCACCGAUCAGUGGGGUAUCCAACGCAAUGUCGUGGCCGGCAGUGAACAAGCGGCCACCGGCGCCAUCACCAUUGAACUGCAGUCUAAGCGGUCGGUGGAAUUUGACGAUUAUCUGGUUAGUCUGUAUCCGGGUAAUCCAAAAAUCAUCCGCAAUCCCUGGUUCCUGGAGUUCUGGGAGACGAACUUUGGGUGUAAAGUGAAACCGACCAUAAUCUCCUCGUUGUGGUUUAACGAUCCCCAGCUGUCGCCCUACGUCAUGACGGAGGAUCGCUACUAUAAAUGGCGUAAUCGCAGCUGGGAUUACUGCGCGGAGGAUAUGCGCUUAAAUAAGAACUACGCUCAAGACUCCAAAGUGCCCUUCGUUAUCGACGCCGUCCUGGCCUUUGCUAAGGCGCUGCACGCUCUGCUGGAGGACAACUGCUUAGCCGGCGACAUCUUCGAUGCGACCUGCUCGAAAAAAUUACGCGUUCCACCCAUUAUUGACGGGCGGCGUUUGUAUCAAUACAUCCUCAACGUGUCCUUUACAGACAAAACUGGACACAAAGUGGAGUUCGAUCAGAAUGGAGACGGACUUGGCCGUUACGAUCUGUACAACUUCCAGAAAACCGAAAACGGAACUUUCCGUUAUUUUCACAUUGGUGAAUGGGUAGAAACCAAGCUGAUAAUCCAGAAGAAUCUUCAGUGGCCGCGCAUGGCGAUCGACAAGGACGGUCCGGACGCCGGGCGGCCGGUCUUCGACACCAACGGUCUGCCGCUGUCGCGCUGCAGUGAUCCCUGCAAGAAGGGCUACGUCAAAGUGGUCCAGGACGACAAGUGCUGCUGGGUGUGUAUUGCGUGUAAACCCUACGAGUACGUGGUCAGCGAGGCGGUGUGCCGGGACUGCGGACUGUUCCGCUGGCCGACGUAUGACCUCACCGACUGCUUCGAUCUGCCGCUGCAGCACAUGGAGUGGCACCAGCUCUGGGCCAUUGUGCCCAUGGUGGUGGCCUGCCUGGGCGGCGUACUGACCGGCUUUGUCAUUGUGGUCUUCAUCAAGCACAACGAUACGCCGCUGGUACGGGCGUCCGGGCGUGAACUGAGCUAUUUGAUUCUGGGCGGCAUCAUGAUGUGCUAUUGUCUGACAUUUUUUCUGAUUGCCUAUCCAUCACCCAUAAUCUGUGCCUUUCAACGUUUUGGGGUCGGAUUCGGCUUUUCCAUUAUGUAUAGUGCUUUAUUGACUAAGACCAACCGUAUAUCGAGGAUAUUCGAAAGUGCCAGCAAGUCGGCUAAACGUCCAGGAUUCAUUUCGCCCAAAUCACAGCUAAUCAUCACAUCAAUCCUUAUAUCGGUGCAAGUCAUUGCUAAUAUAAUUUGGCUAAUAAUCGAUCCGGCCAACGUUGACAAGAGCCACCCCGAAGGGAGACGGGAUGAAGUUGUCCUUAAAUGUAAAACGGACGACUCAUCAUUUCUAAUAUCUUUGGCCUACAACAUGCUGCUCAUCGUGACCUGCACAAUCUACGCCGUGAAAACUAGAAAAAUUCCCGAAAAUUUUAAUGAAUCCAAGUUUAUUGGCUUCACAAUGUAUACGACGUGCAUUAUCUGGUUAGCAUUUGUGCCUAUAUACUUUGGGACUCAAGGAAAUUUCAAAGUUCAGAUUACAACAUUGUCAAUAUCAAUAAGCCUCAGUGCCUCAACAUGCUUGCUCUGUCUUUUUUCGCCUAAGAUUUAUAUUAUUGUCUUCCAUCCGGAGAAGAAUGUCAGGAAGCUGACUAUGAACACUACGACAACAUAUAAAAAAGCCAAUAGUUCCGUUACAACAUCCGCCAACAAUCAUGCUCCCGGCAUAACCGAUAACCCGAGAGUAACCAACAACAUUCCAGCUGCUGUUAACAUUACACAAAGGCUGACAGAAACCAGUGAGCCGGACAGCAUCACUUCUUUGUAAUAAGCAAUUUAUUCUACUGUAAAUUAAAUCCCUGAUUUAAGUUGUGCAUGAUACUCAAGUUUGGUGAAUAAAAAUUCACUUGUGAUGAAUUUGAAAUAAUACUGAUGUGCCAUAAUAUAUAUCACUAAGAAAUAACAAUGCAAAUGAUAAAACUGAUCUGGUUUUUGUUUGUUUUUUUGGACUUUGGCAAAGGUACGCAAUAUGUAUUGUGAGGAUGUUUGGACGAUGCAUCACAGCAUGCACUGCAUUUGUUUGAUAAAGACAAACAGCAAGCAAACAAU